AAAAAAAAAAAAAAAAAAAGCCAAACGUCACUCGUGUUCUAGAAUAUCUGCUUUUUCAUACCUCAAAAAAUUGCAAGAAUUUAGAAACGAAACAAGAUUAAAAGUAAAAAAACCCAAAGUUUUUGUCAUUCCUCAAAAAAGAUGUCCAAACAAACAUACAAAAUAUGUUUUUGUUGCAGAAGAAGAUUUAAACUAACAGUGUCAGAAGCUCCACAACAAGUUAAGGCCUUGUUUGGCAAAUACUCUGAAAAUGGAGUUAUGUCUGCAACUCAUCUUCAUCACUUCUUAAUUGAAGAACAAAAACAAAAAGAAGCUACGAUUCAUGAUGCUCAAGCAAUUAUUGAUCAUAUUAGACAUGUAAUAAUUGUUUUUCAUAAGUCUGGUCUUAAUCUUGAAGGCUUUUUUAAUUAUCUGUUUGGGGAUCUUAAUCCUCCCCUUUCUCCCAAACAUGAGGUUCACCAAGAUAUGACUGCUCCACUAUCGCAUUAUUUUAUAUAUACCGGUCACAAUUCCUAUCUUACCGGGAAUCAACUAACCAGCGACUGUAGUGAUGUUCCUAUCAUUCAAGCGCUCGAAAAGUCCGUGAGAGUGAUUGAGUUGGACGUAUGGCCCAAUUCUUCUAAAGACAAUAUUGAUGUUCUUCAUGGAGGGACAAUGACUGCACCGGUUGAGCUCAUUAAAUGCUUGAAAUCCAUCAAGCAACAUGCGUUCUCCGCAUCCGAGUAUCCUGUUGUGAUAACUCUUGAAGACCACCUUACUGCUGAUCUUCAAGCUAAAACCGCCAAGAUGAUCACUCAUACGUUUGGGGAAACACUAUUUUUACCGGACUCGGAAUGCUUUAAGGAACUUCCAUCCCCUGAAUCACUAAAGAAACGUGUCAUGAUAUCGACCAAACCUCCGAAAGAGUACUCUGAAGCUAAAGAUGCAAAAGAAGAUUCGCAGAAGCUUAGCAAGGAUAAUUCCGGAGAAGAGGAAGCUUGGGGAAAGGAAGUUCCUUGUAUUCGAUCUAAUGACAAUCAGAAGAAUGACUUGGAUGGUGGAGAUGAUGAGGAUGAGGAUGAUGAUGAUGAUGAAAUUGAUGCAUCAAAAAAGUUUGAAGCACCGGAAUACACACGUCUUAUUUCUAUUCACGCUGGAAAGCCUAAGGGCGGUCUAAGCGCUGCACUAAAGGUGGAUCCUGAUAAGGUCCGACGUCUAAGCUUGAGUGAACAACAACUCGAAAAGGCAGCAUCUCGUUAUGGAAAGGAGAUUGUCAGGUUUACACAAAAGAAUAUGCUUAGGAUCUACCCUAAGGGCACACGGAUUACCUCUUCGAAUUACAAUCCUCUCAUUGGGUGGAUGCAUGGAGCUCAGAUGGUUGCAUUUAACAUGCAGGGAUAUGGGAGAUCACUUUGGCUGAUGCAAGGGAUGUUCCGAGCUAAUGGUGGAUGUGGGUAUGUUAGAAAACCGGAUUUUCUUUUGAAGAGUGGUCCUCAUGGCGAGGUUUUUGAUCCUAAAGUGAAACUUCCGGUAAAAAAAACUCUUAAGGUGACUGUAUAUAUGGGAGAAGGAUGGUAUUAUGAUUUUAAGAGCACACAUUUUGAUCAGUAUUCCCCUCCAGAUUUUUAUGUUAGGGUGGGGAUUGCGGGAGUUGCAGCCGAUAGUGUAAUGAAGAAAACGAAAACACUAGAAGAUAACUGGAUACCGGCUUGGAAUGAAGAAUUUGAAUUCCCAUUGAGCGUCCCUGAACUUGCACUUCUACGAAUUGAAGUUCACGAGUAUGACAUGUCCGAGAAAGAUGAUUUUGGUGGUCAAACAUGUUUACCUAUUUGGGAGCUCAGAGAAGGUAUCCGAUCUGUUCCACUUUAUAGCCGCGAGGGAAUCAAAUACUCAUCGGUUAAGCUUUUGAUGCGUUUCCAAUUCGAUUGAAAUUUAUUUUUUGUAUCGGUAGACCUCUCCCAAUUCAUUGUGUCAUAAUAUUUUUUUAUUGUAUCUGAAAUGCAAGAUGGCUAUAAGUUCAAUCGAAUAAUGAGGUUUUUAGGUAUGCAGCUUAGAUGCAGCAUGAACUGCGAUAACAGUUGAGAGGGAUGGUUGUGACUCUUGUGAGUCGGGUCUUUUCCAAUGUAUAUUGCGAAUGUUGUGCUUACUAUUGAGCAUAAGCUUUCUUCUUAACCGUUA